AUGAUUAGUAGAAAUGAUUUGGGUAAUGUGAUUUUGUCCUUUGAAAGAGAAACAAGCAGAGAACCCUUUAUCUCAAAAGAGCUUUUGAAAUCAAAUUCUGUGCCUGUUGGGUACUCGUCUUUAAUGUUCUCUAUCCAUGCUUUUACAUCAUCAAAAUCCCAAUCCUUUGGUGCUGCAACUGGUGUUGUCAUUCGCGAUGGUAUGUACAAUCUAUUCUUUAGGUUAGAUAUCAAUGAAACUGCUUCCUAUCUUGUUCAUCUCAACUCUAGAGUUGAAAGUUAA